AUGGCGUCAGCAAGGUCAAUGAUGCGGCUGGCGUCGAGCCGCUCUCUAGCCUAUGCUAGACCGGCAAGAACUGCAAGGCUCUUCUCCAGUGCAGCCGCGCUCCACGAAGCGAAGGUGGUUUCCGGCAGUCCACUCCCAAACCAAAGGGAUGAGCGCCGUGCACCGAUCGAGGCCCUCCACCGUGCUGUCGUCAACCCAGCCGACAAAUACGCGGAGAAAUCGAAAGAGCUUCAUACCUAUGGCCAAUACCUGAUGUCCUGCCUCCCCAAAUAUAUCCAACAAUUCUCCGUCUGGAAAGACGAAUUGACAAUCUAUAUCCCGCCCGCUGGCGUCAUCCCCGUUAUUUCCUUUUUGAAAGACCAUACCGCCGCAGAAUACAAGCAGGUUUCCGACAUUACGGCAGUCGACUUCCCAACGCGCGAAUAUCGCUUUGAAGUCGUCUACAAUCUUCUGAGCGUUCGCCAUAAUUCUCGGAUCAGAGUGAAAACGUACGCAGACGAGGCAACCCCAGUUCCGAGCAUUACUUCCUUGUAUGAUGGAGCAGUCUGGUACGAGCGCGAGGUCUACGACUUGUUUGGUGUAUUCUUCGUCGGUCAUCCGGACCUUCGAAGAAUCAUGACGGACUAUGGUUUUGACGGACAUCCGUUACGAAAAGAUUUUCCACUUACAGGGUACACUGAGAUCAGAUACGACGAAGAAAAGAAGAGAAUUGUUGUUGAGCCAUUGGAAUUGACACAAGCCUUCCGCAAUUUCGAGGGCGGCACGUCUGCUUGGGAGCAGGUUGGGCAGGGCACUGAUAGGAAGCCGGACAAUUUCAAAUUGCCAACUCCACAACCCGAGGAGAAGAAAGAGGAGCCAAAAAAAUAG